AUGUCAAACAAGCGUAACAGCUACUUCGCCGAGGCUCCAAACGGCUCGGUUACUGGUGAUACUCAGUAUGGUUUACAUCCGGAUCUGGUAGGUCCGAGUCUGACGGAUAUCCCUGUCAGAUCAUCAUCUUCGCCCGGGCAGACGUCUGGACUACAGCCCUCCUUGAACUACAUACAUGUCCACCCUGAAUCGACGGGGUCAUUUUUAGCUCCAGAAGAUUAUUUAUCUGACCCACGAGCCUCCCCCGUCAGCGAAGCCGUGGGAUCUCUCUACGCUUGGUCUAGUGCUUCUGAAGCAGAAAUGCUCCGACCUUCUGCCUCAAUAGAUUCAUCAGUUCGCGCUACUGCUUCUUCACCUUUCAUGCAACCAUACUUCAACUUUGAUUCUUCAAUGUCUGCCAUGGAGAACCAGAUUCCAGGUUCAUCGGGAUACACUUCCCAACAAAUCAACCAGUGGUGCAUGGAAGCCCAUAACAAUGAGAGUUUCAACCACAACCAUAACCACCACCACCAUAACCACCAUGCAAGCUCUUACAACGCUGUCAACCAACUCCCCUCUUACCCAACCCCACCUAUGUCUCAGACACCUUUUCAACCCCUCAGCGACGGCAUGUCUCCAGCACCAGAAUGGUUCAAUCUACCCGUUGCAAGUCUCCAACGAAGCGUACCAUCUCACGAUGGCUACCUCUCCCCACCAUCCGUCCCAGCAGUCUCCAUAGACUCCCACUCAGUAAUGAGCACCUCCCCAACACCAACUACACUAUCCAGCUUCGACUCCAAUAUCCAGGGUCAGCCCCCUUCGCCCCCAUCCAACCCAGCCGAUCUGACAAGAUACGGAAUUCCGACAGUAGACGGGGCCUGGCGCUGCGCCCAUCCAGGAUGCACCUCACAAGCCCUUUUCCGACGAGGAUGUGACCUCCGCAAGCACUUCAAUCGCCACCGAAAGCACCUCUUCUGCCGAUAUGAAGGGUGCCCACAGUCUCGACAGGGUGGGUUCUCAAGUAAGAAAGACCGUGCGCGCCACGAGGCAAAGCAUAACCCUGGGAUCGUAUGUGAAUGGGACGGAUGCGGACGCGUGUUUAGUCGAGUCGACAAUAUGAAGGAUCAUGUUCGAAGAAUCCACCGUCGUGGUGUUAGUGAUUGA